AUGCUGGAUCCUGUGGUGACAGGCUCACAACUCACUCAAGUACUCAUCGACGGCGGGAGCGGCCUCAACCUGCUCUUCGUGGGUACUUUAAAGAAGAUGGGGAUGAACAUCUCCAACAUGCUCACCCUCUUCGUGGUCACCUUCAGGACCAAGGACAUCUAUCGCGCCGAGUACGUCAAGUUCGAGGUAGCAAACUUAGAGUCAUCUUACCUCGCCAUCCUUGGAAGACCUGCUCUGACCAAAUUCAUGGCUGCACCCCACUACGUCUACUUGCUCCUCAAGAUGCCGGGCAAGGCAGGGGCAAUCGAGGAUGACUCGACUACACGUGUGCCUGAUGCUUUAGCUGAAGUCUUCGUGGCCGCGCAGCAGCUCCCUUCAUCAGAUAUGGCGAUUCUGACCAAGAAGUCGAGCCAGUCCUCAGUGAAGCCCACCAGCGAAGUUGGUAUGAAGGCCAUCCAACUGCAGGAGGGCGACCCCUCCAAGAUACCCCUGAUUGGCACAGGGCUGAGCGACAAAUAG